AUGAUAUACAAUAAUGUAUCUGUUAAUAAUAAUAAUAAUAAUAAUAAUAAUAAUAAUAAUAAUAAUAAUAAUAAUAAUAAUAAUAAUAAUAACAACAACAACAAUAAUAAUAAUAAUAAUAAUAACAAUAAUAAUAAUAAUAACAAUAAUAAUAAUAAUAAUAAUAAUAAUAAUAAUAAUAAUAAUAAUAAUAAAGACAGUGACAACAAUUCGCUGAACACAGCAACAGAGAAGAGGAAGAAAUAA